AUGGAUACUUCAGAGUCUGAUAAAUCACGAGUAUUACCAGAAAAAAAUCAAAAACGUUCAUCUUCUAGCAGCAAUGCACCGAAUUCGACACGACCUCUUCGUUUUCUAAUGGCUCAUCAACGAUCAUCACGAAGAAGUAGUAAUGCUGGUUUUGUUCAUGAAAUGGAAAAUAUCGACAAUGAACCAACAUUGUCUGUUCCUUCAUCAAACUAUGGUUCUUUAGAACAUAUACAAUCCUUUAAACCUUUAUGUAAACCGGAUGAUAAAUCUCUUCCAAAAAAAGUCAGAGAAUUUUAUGAAGAUCAAUUGGACUUAAUAACAUCUAUUGAAGAUAUUCUCUUACCAAAAAGUGAUGAAACUAAAGAUCAUGACACGGCUUAUCAAAAACGGCAUAAACGAACAAUAAAACUGUUGAUUCUUGUCAUUAUCAAAAUAGUUGGUGCAGUAAUAUCAAGAUCACUUUCGGUUAUUUCUUCAGUUGUUGAUAGUAUUGUUGAUCUUUUAACUAGUCUAAUUCUGAUUUGGACAGCUCGAAAAAUUAAAAAACGAGAUGCUUAUAAAUAUCCUGGAGGACGAACACGUCUUGAACCAAUAUCAAUUGUUAUUCUAUCUGUAAUAAUGUGUUCAGCAAGUGUACAAGUUAUUUUUGAAAGUGCCGAAACUUUAGAUCAAGACAUUGAAUAUUUCACACAUCAACAUAAUGCUUCAUCAACAAAAACGUUACCACAUUUAGACAUGAGCAUAGUACCUAUAAUAGCUAUGGUUCUUACGAUUGUCUCUAAAGCAGUUCUAUUCGUCUUAUGUUAUCGAAUUAAAAAUCCAACAAUGUAUGCAUUAGCAGAAGAUAGUCGAAAUGAUGUAGCAUCGAAUAUUGUUGCACUUGUUUGUGGACUUAUUGGUUCAAAUGCUUUGCAUGGUAAACUCAAGAAAGAAGCUAUUGUAGUCGAUCCAGUUGGUGCUAUUCUUAUUUCAGUGUAUAUUAUUAUUGCUUGGAUCUUGCAAGCAAACAGACAAGUACGUCGUCUAUCAGGUCUUACGGCUGAACCUUUUUUUCUUCAACGACUUACUCAUGUCGUUUAUAAUUAUCGUCCUGAUGUUGUCAAAAAAAUUGAUUGUAUUCAAGCUGCUCAUCAUGGUACGAAUUUUUUUGUUGAAGUUGAUAUUGGUUUACCAGGAUCGAUGCCACUUGCUAUGGCUCAUGACAUUGGUGAAGAAUUACAAAAUCAAUUGGAAUCUAUUAAUGAUAUUGAACGAGCUUUUGUUCAUCUCGAUUUUGAAUUUUCACAUAUGCCAUCUAGUGAACAUAAAGUCGUUUAA